CGUAAACUCUUAUUAAAUAAAACUGAAUUAUUGUCCUCAGUAAUUGAAAAAAUAAGUUACCAAGAGCAAAGUAUAAAAAAAAGGGAAAAGGAAUUAAAUAAAUUAAACUAAGAUGAUGCGGAAAAAAUCAAUACGUGAAUCCAGGACGGCGUCCAUUAUCUCUCAACACAGGGCGUCGUUGAUCCAAAAAUCUCUAGAGACACCGGCACCACCAAAUGACACGUUGCACAUAAAAAUAAAGAGCCUUCGAACAUCAGACCAGGAACCUAAACAUUUUGCCAUAAAAGUGACAUUCUUUGACCAGCUACUAGUGCACGCCAUUAUCAAAUCUAAUGGCUCGAGAGACGAGGAACCAGAUCAUUUUAUAGCUAACGGCACAUUCGCUUAUGAUCCUUCAGACUAUGAGAAAAUGUGUCUGCUUGCUGAUAAUCCCCUUGUCGUUCAUAUACAACCUCUGAGAAAUAUUGAUGUUAACAAAUCGUCAGUUAGCAUGGACAUAGGCAACUUCAUCAAAAUAUCACACACUGCGAGCAUCAACUGCUGCAAUGUCGAUAUUUUACCAAUUUUUAUUGGUUCAGAUGAAGAGCAAAAGAUGUGCAUAAGGAAACGUUUGGAGCCGAUGGUCCCACCGGCAACCUUAAACGCGAAGAGUUGGGACACUCUCCCUCUUCUCACGAUGGAAUUGGACUUAGAACGAGAUCCUCUCAACAAGUUUCACCACAGGCUAUUGCAGAAUGCCAACUGGAUGAAAAUUACUCUGAUCGGCUCCUACAACAUGUUCAUACCAUUUGAGAAGGAGUACUUGUACACCGCUGCCACAAAAGCACCCUUAUACGGUGAAUCUAAACUUGGUCUAGUUACCUUCAGUCAAGGCGUCAGAGAGCCGCGGCGAUUCAAAUGUAUGGAUUUUUACCCUAAAUGGGAAAGCUUGAGAUCCAUAGGAGAAUUAUUUACAAAGUCGGACGUAAAGUUGCAAUGUAAACUGGAAGAUUUACUUAAUGAUGAUAACAUUGAUCUUCCUUAUUACUUGAAUCAGAUACUGCCUUACCAUACCUGCGUUUGGGGCUCAUUUCAUCGCACCUUGAUGCUGUUGGAUGAUUACGAGCAAUGGUUAUGGAGGCACAUCAGAAGUUACAAAUGGCCACUGGAAAUCCAUAUUUACGGGGAAACCGGCGGCUACAGUUUCAUGGCGUUCAUUAAUUUGUUUCAACUUCUCUUUCCAGGAGAGCACACAGUUCGCAUUGCUGUGCCUUUGAAAUGGGUGGACGGUGUGGCGAUGAUGAAGGAGUGUGGGUGUGAACUACUCCUCACGCCGAAUGAGAAACCUCCGGUUAUCACGGACGUGACUGGGGGUCAAACGCCACCACCUAAAACCAAGAGCAGCAGCAAAGGGGCAACAGAAUCGAUGGUAACAUCAGUAAGCACUUUGAAUGAAACUCAAUAUAGACCAACUGGGUCUGAUGCCAAUGACGCUUUUGUGUUUGUAGAAGUUCAGUUUGGACGGCCACUUAAAGCUGUUUUUAAACCUCCUAAAGUAUUGAAAGAAGAAAUAACAGCCAUGCUUACUGAAAUGGAGCUAGAGGCUCCCAGAAAUCGAGCAUGUACGGGGCGUGGUCAACCGGAGAGUGACUGGCAGAAAACCAUACGAGCUGCAGCAAACGCCUUGCGAAAAGUGCCGUAUUAUGGAGUUACCGAGUUUUGUACUUUCAAUCGUCAACUGAGCGAAACUAGGACACGAGUGGAGCUGACCACAUCUUUUUGGCAGAACGCUGCCAUCUACGUCAACAAUAAUUUUAUCGUUAAACAGUAUCUAGACUCUGAUGAAAAGUUCGAAGAGUUGGUGAUGAUGGCUCACGCGUGCCUCAUGAGGUCUGCGGCCGCCAUGCUGAUACCAGGUAACACGUGGCACGACAUAGAUCCUGUCUUACGAGCUGCCAGACACGCUCGGCAGAUGCAAGACUACACACAUGCUAUGGAACUUUAUUUACAGCUGGUAGUGGAUAAGCCAAAAUAUCCUCAUUACUGGCGUGAACUGUCAACAUGUAUGAAGGAUCUUGAUAAAGACUGGGCCAUCGUUUGUCUAAACAAGGCUAUAGUACUCGACCCUCGAAGCCCUUUAACGCUCCUAUCUAAAGGCGCCAUGUUAUUUGAAGACGACCCCACAGAAGCUGAGCCAUUCUUUUUCGCUAUUCUGGAAUUUAAUCCAUACUGGACCAUUGGUUGGGUCAUCACUAGCGUUUACUUCUACGAACGAGAGCUGUACCAUUUGUCAGAUACCAUUAUGCAAUAUGCUAAUAAGUUACGUGGAGAACAACAUCACGAAACGCAAUUUUCGCGCUCGUGGGAACGAGAGCUGGGAGACUGGUGGGACAGCACGCCGCUGCUGCCAGGCAUGAGUCUGUACUACGAGGCAGCUGAUCUUCUACUCAGGUUGAGAGCUGUGCCUUUGGCAGAAGCGUGUCUGGCUCGUCUGCUGUCGGAAACGGUAGAGACUACGGCGUACUAUCACCUAGUUGGCGUGUGCUGUCGUCUGCGAGGACAGUACAAGGAAGCUAUCUGUCACCUAACUGUUGGUCUUGGCAAAUUCGGAGAGAUUAAUUACCUGAGAAGCCUUGAAGCUGAAUGCCAACAUAGACUUGGCAAUAUUAAGAAUGCCACUGAAUCGUUUGCAAAAGUCGGUACCUGCGUCAAUACCCUCAGUAUUCUGAUGUCGUUGUCAUCUGGCGAUAAUGCGAAAACUCGAAGUAUUUUAAUGGAACUUAUAAGACGCCAAGCCAGCGCGUACUCUUGGACGGCGCUCGCUGAUAACUGGGUGAGAACGCACAUAACUAAUCCUGACGAAGAAGUGGAAGAAGGUGUGAAGAGCACAGAGCAGUUGAAUGCCAAAGCCUGCGCCAUUGCCUGCGCUGUUCAGGCACUCAAGAUAGACAGACGAGCGGGCCGUGCCUGGGCAAUCCUGGGCAAACUGGUCAAGCCUAGUGCCAGGCGUCUACACUGCCUGCAAAUGGCCAGUUCUUGUGGAUGGGAAGUGACAGAUGAAGAUGUCAGUUUGUCACCGACACCGUGCCACUUUGUUGGCUCCGCGUUGCGAGAAUGCCGAUGCUAUGUCUGCGAUACAACAAAGGUGUAA